ACCGAAAUAGAUUAAAAAUUGAAGGAAAUAACAGAAUAAUGAGUGAACGAAUUAGUGGAAAAAUUAAGUUAAUGGUUAUAUUGCACGGUUACUAGAAAGUAUAUCAAAAUCGGUUUACACGUGUCAUUGAUGAAAUAUUGUCGAGCUGUCAGUCGCUCAGGAGUGGCUGUACCGUGUCAAGCAUGGCGCCACGCCGAGCGUUUUCACGUCUCGAUAUUUCUUACCUUUGACGCGCCAGCAAAAUGUAUUUGCUUUAAGAAUACCCUUUACUAUCGUUAAAUUCAUCACGAGUCUUCAUUUGUAUAUCCAAUUUCGUACUGGAAAGGAUAACGUGACUGGUAGAAGCAGCCCUGGCACUGUUGCAAAAUGCUUCCACUUACGCACAAGGAUUCAAGAAACCUCGUUAGCCGGAUAAAGGAGAAGUUAUUAAGUUGGAAACGACUAAUAUUUUCUGAUAAAAAUACUAGGAAUUUGUUUUUAUUUCUUCUGCUAAAUUUGUCCUUUGCCUUUAUCGAAUUACUGUACGGAGUAUGGACAAACAGUUUGGGUUUAAUAUCAGAUAGUUUUCACAUGUUCUUUGAUUGCACUGGUUUACUGUUUGGCUUGGCUGCAUCCGUUAUAACCAAGUGGAGAGCAAACGAACGAUAUUCUUACGGCUAUGUCAGGGCAGAAGUCUUGGGAGGGUUUGUUAACGCUCUGCUUUUAUUUUUUAUCGCCCUUUUCAUUAUGUCAGAGGCUGUUGAAAGGUCCAUAGAACCUCCAGAGAUAAAACACGAGAGGCUUUUGGUUGUAUCUAUCAUGGGAUUGAUAGUUAAUUUAGUAGGAAUAUACGUGUUCCAUCAUGGGCACGGGCAUGGCCAUGGAGGGGGUCAUGGCCAUUCGCAUUCUCAUUCUCAAUCUCACAGUGGCCAUGGUCAUUCUCACUCGAAUCACACUCACAGCCAUGAUCAUCACGACAUUGAAAUUGAUCCUUCCUUCAGUGGUACAAACUCUCAGAUUAUGAAAGGAGUUUUCCUGCAUAUCUUAGCAGACACUCUAGGAUCUGUAGGUGUAAUUAUAUCAGCAGUGCUGAUGCGCCUGUUUGGUUGGUUCAUAGCCGAUCCAAUUUGUUCUAUGUUGAUUUCAUUACUGAUAGUUUUAAGUGUGCUUUCAUUAAUGAAAGAUUCAUGGGAAAUAUUAAUGCAAAGGCAACCAGCAGUAUUGGAUCAUGUUCUGCCACAGUGUUAUAACAAGGUGACUCAACUGGCUGGGGUAUAUAGUGUACAAGAACCACACUUUUGGACACUGUGCUCGGACGUUUAUGUCGGGUGUUUGAAAUUAGAAGUGGCUAGAACAGUAGAGCCCAAAUACGUUGUAGCGCAUACGCAAAUGAUAUUCCAAGCAGCUGGGAUAAGGCAUCUAACGGUCCAACUGGAUUACGCACCUAUGUGAUCUACAAAAAACGUGCAUGUCAUAAAGUGUUCUUAUAAGUGCUCCAAGACUGUAUUUGUUUGCGGAGUCUGUCAAAAGCAAGCAAGGAACACUGCAUUAGUGCAAAAUAUUUCUGCCAUUUUAAAGUUGUGCAGAUGCAUUGUUUUGAGUAAUAGUGAAUACCAUCUUGGAUUACAAAUUGUUUAAGAAUAUAUUCGGUUAUUGAAAUCAGUGGAAAUGAUUGAUAUAUUAUAUCAUCAUGUUCCCAAGGACUGUAUUACAAUUUCGUUUCAAAGUUCAUUCCUCUUUUUGUUAAUGUACAUAUAAAUAUCAGCUCAUUUACUUUUGUCAACUACACUACUUUCCAACCAAAAGUCAAGAGUAAUGGUUUGUAUUAUUUAUUAAAGUCUUUGUAUCAAAUUGCAUUUAAAGCUUAGAAAUUAUUGGUGUACAGCAUUCAGACUUUUUUUUUAUCUUUGUAAGACUAAUUUAAGUCACAUCUAUAGGGAUAUUUUUAUCUCUCCCUUCUUACUGUCUAAGUUUCUGUAUAUUACCGUUUGUAAUGUAAAAUCCGAAAAAACUAUGAUCAAGCGCGUGCAAAACGUAGAAAGAUGAAACAUUGUGUUUGCACAUAAUUACAGUGGCCAAAACCCAUUUGCAGACAGCUGUGGACAGCUAGUCAUUGCCACAUGAGAUCUGUGAAAUAUAUACAUAUAUAUAAAUGCAAUUUUACAAAAUGUAAUAUAAAUUGAUAUUCUUACGUUUAUACGAAGAUUAUGCUUUCCUAAAAAUCGUAUUUAUUUUGUACAUUCUGUUUUGUGUAAAAUAAAAUCGAUAUCAAGAAAUUCAUUCACACUUACCGCGUAUUGAUGAUUGUUUCACAGCAGUGUGUCUGUACUUACGAAAUACAGUGUAGAAGCAUCCAGUAAAUGAAUCACUAUUAAUAUUAAAGUAACUAUACUGUAGAGAAGUUUGUUUAGAGACUGGCCGAUAAAGAUUGUUUGUAAUGUUUGAGUUGAUCGUCGUUGAUCGGAACGGAACUACGAGGGCUCGUUAAUUCAAAUGUCCCGUUAGUGCGCAUAAUUUUUUAUUACAUAUUUUAUAAAUACGCAACAAAGAAGUGACAAAAGUCAUUUAUCAUGUUCAUCGUUUUCACCAGCAUUGUAACGUCUUCGAUAGGCGAUUGCCGAAUUAGAUUAACGAAAGAUUUAUUAACUAUAAAUCGUACGCGUGAUCAGGACAUUCCACGUAGUCGAGAUAAUAUGAUUUGUAUACUUGAAGUUGUGAUGACGUGAGCCAAAAAAAAAUUAAUGCAAACUUGUAGGAAUAACGCGAAGGAUUUUUGUAUCGAGGUACUGUAUCAACCUGUAUGUGUAAAAUGAUUGAAUAAUUUGCGAUCCGAUAAGACCGGUACAAUCUCCGAAUUGAAAAUCAACAUUUGUUACGUUUUAUCAGCGUUAUUGUAUAGAUGAACGAUGAAAGAGAAUGUCCUCAGUAUUGAGAGAGUGUAAAU